AUGGAGUAUUUGACUAAUCCUGGUGCACUUAGCUUGGCUGCCGGAGUUGCCUGUGGUGUGUGCCUGGGCUGGGGCCUCCGAGUGCGCUUUGGAAUGCUCCCCAAGAGCUCAGUGAGGGAGACAAAUGUUGACGCUGAGACGGAAGCAAGCAUCCUCGGAGAAAGUGGGGAGUACAAAAUGAUUCUUGUGGUUCGAAAUGACUUAAAGAUGGGAAAAGGGAAGGUGGCUGCCCAGUGCUCUCAUGCUGCUGUUUCUGCCUACAAGCAAAUUCAAAGGAGAAACCCUGAGUUACUCAAAGAGUGGGAAUACUGUGGCCAGCCGAAAGUGGUAGUCAAAGCUCCUGAUGAAGAAACUCUGGUUGAAUUACUGACCCAUGCAAAAGUGCUGGGACUGACUGUAAGUUUAAUCCAAGAUGCAGGACGUACUCAGAUUGCCCCAGGCUCUCGAACUGUUUUAGGAAUUGGACCAGGACCAGUGGACCUAAUUGACAAGGUCACCGGUCACCUAAAACUUUACUAG